GAGCGACGUGGAGCUGUCGAAGCAGGGAAUCGCAAACUCUAGUCAUGCAUCCAAAAGUAGUCAUGUAUGUUGUUGGGGCUUUUGUCCUGGCUGUGGCGGCCGUUUCGCUUGUCAACGCUGAGGAAUUCGUGGCCUGCCCUCCUGUGGACGACAAGGGAGACAACGUGACCCUGCUGCCGAACGUGUACAACUGCUCCACCUUCUACCUGUGUGCUCAGGGAGUCCCAGAGCUGUUCGAAUGCCCUGGUGCCCUGCAAUUCAACCCCGAGCUGAACGUGUGCGACUUCCCGUGGCGCGCUGCCUGCGUCGAGCUCCCUCUCCCGGUACCCGUAGUGCCGACUACUGAAGCUCCCUUGGCAACCGAAAAGGUCAUCAUCACGAAGACAGUCAAAGAGGUCUACAGGCCCGUCGACCAAGAAGCAUAGGCAAUAAA